CAUUGUACAUGCAGAAAUAACAUCCCAAUAUAUAGAGUGCAUAAUAUUGCUAUAGAAUGUAGUCACACUUUACCCAAACAAUUGCAGAUCAGGGAAAUGAAUCACAAUAUGAGAUAACCUCACUGCCCCAUUCUGAUAAGCUUUUACCUUAUCAAUAUGUUUGUGUGCACUGUCACUUUGACCAGACAGGCAGGUUCUAAAUGGUUUUACUAGGAACCAUAAAAAUGUUUAUUGUGCCAUGUUAUUUUUGUAGUAUACUCUUGUUAAACAUUUAUGGGGUUCAUGGCAUCCUUUACCCAAGGGAAUCUGAAUCUAGACAGAUACAGGAUUUAAAUGGGAUCUGGGAUUUCAGAAUGGAUGACUCCACUAACAGAAAUAAAGGAUUUGAAGAAGAUUGGUUUAAGCAGCCUUUGAAAAGGACUGGAUCAGUUUUAAAGAUGCCUGUCCCUUCUAGUUUUAAUGAUAUCACGGAGACCAGAGAGAUGCGCGACUUUGUUGGCUGGGUUUGGUAUGACCGUCAGUUCUAUGUGUCUCCAGACUGGAUAAAGAAGAGAGUGGUGCUCAGAGUGGACAGUGCCCACUACACUGCUGUAGUGUGGGUAAACUCCAUAGAAGUGGUGAAGCACACAGGAGGACAUCUUCCAUUUGAGAGAGAAGUUGGUGAACAUCUUAAAUUCUCUGGAGCAAAUAGGGUCACUAUUGCCAUCAACAAUACACUGACUCCAGAAACACUGCCACCUGGAGAAAUUGUGUGGCACACAGACUCUUCAAGUUAUCCAAUUGGCUAUUUCACCCAGAAGACACAAACAAACGCCUUUAACUAUGCAGGCCUUCACAGAUCUGUUCGUCUUUACACCACACCAGUUGAUUAUGUGGAUGACAUCACUAUCACAACUAGCUUCUAUCAUAGCAAAGGUCAUGUCAAAUAUAACAUAAGCAGAAAGAGAAAUGCAACAAAUUCAGCUCUAACAGUGGAAAUUCUGGACAAUGAUGGUAACACAGUAGCCAGAGCUCAAGCAGAUGAAAAGGAUGGUGGUGAGCUCGACAUUGAAAAUGUAAACCUCUGGUGGCCAUACUUGAUGGUGGAUGGUGGAGGUCCAGCAUAUUUAUACACACUGAAGGUUUCUUUCAAUACCUCCCAGUCAACUGAUGUGUACAGGCUUCCAUUUGGGGUCAGGACAGUGGAGGUGAAUGGCUCUCAACUCUUCAUUAACAAGAAACCAUUUUACUGCCGUGGAGUGGCAAAACAAGAAGACGCUGAUAUACGAGGCAGAGGACUUGAUCUAGCUGUGAUAGUGAAAGAUUUCAACUUGCUGAAGUGGCUUGGUGCCAACUGUUUCCGGACCUCCCACUAUCCAUAUGCUGAGGAAAUCAUGGACCAGGCUGACCAACAGGGAAUUGUGGUCAUUGAUGAAUGCCCAGGCAUGGGACUCAGAUCUAUCAAUUUUCGUCCAGCCACUAAGGCUCACCACUUGAGAGUCAUGACAGAGCUGGUUCAGAGGGAUAAAAACAGACCCUCUGUUAUAAUGUGGUCUGUGGCAAGUGAUCCAGAAUCUGAUCUCCCUCAGGCAGAAAACUACUUUAGGUCUAUCAUUAGUCACACUAGACACCUGGAUUCUGGCAGACCCAUUACAUUUGCUUCAAAUAAACAAGAACAUAAUGAUAGACUUGCCCAGUAUGUUGAUGUGAUAUGUUUAAACCGCUAUGUUGGUUGGUCCAGAGACCAAGGACAUCUGGAUGUGAUAGUGCUCAAGAUGACCAAGGAUCUUACUAACUGGUACAACAAGUACAAGAAGCCUAUCAUUGUCACAGAGUAUGGGGCUGGGGCAAUACCAGGACUUCACAAAGCUCCUUCUGCUAUGUUCACAGAGCAGUACCAGGUGGAUCUCAUAAAAGAAUACCAUGAUGCCUUUGACCGAAUGAGGAGACUUCCUAUCCCUUUUCUGAUGGGAGAAAUGGUCUGGAAUUUUGCUGAUUUCCAAAGUACUUCUGAUUCAGGAUUAGACAGAAAUAACAUGGGAGUGCUUACAAGACAAAGGGAACCCAAGGCAGCGGCUUAUGCAUUAAAGGCACGAUAUUAUCAUUUAAUGGAAGAAUGUGCUUUAAUAAGCAAGAACUAAUUUAAAAAAAAAAGUAAUGGUAGUGAGCCAUAGUGAACUGUCAAAUUUGUCUGAAUGUGCUUUGUGUCUCAAAAUACAGUUAUGAUCAGGAAUCCUUUCUUGAUAGGCCUGUAGACUAUACCUCUAUAAUUUUAAAGGGAUAAUAACUCUUCGUUUCGGCCAAAAAAUGAAUUUUCCUGGAGU